AUGAGUGCUAAUAAAUUGAAACAAAAUUAUGCUAUUCGACAAUUACAAAUUGACGAUGUUGAGGAAAUUCUUUCUUUAGCGACAGCAGCGGUCGAUGAUGCAAGUCGUCAUGUUAGAUUCCGACUUCGAUAUGAAGAGUUGGAGGAUAUUCAUGAGAAAUUUCAUAACACUCACAAUUCAAUUAUUUCAACCAUUUCAGUUUUAGAAAACCCUGAUUUAGUGUCAGAAAAACAGAUAAAGUCAGCAUUCAAUGAUACAUAUUUCACCAUAAAAACCAUUUAUAAUAAUUUAUUCCCCACAAUCAGUGGUGAUGUUUCGGUCAAAUCCUUGAAAGUUACACCUAAUGUCAAACUUCCGAAGAUUUCUUUGCCAUCAUUCAGCGGAAAUUAUAAAGAUUGGACAACCUUUCAUGACAUAUUCACUAGUCUGAUUCACAAUAAUGCUAAUUUGUCUGAUAUUGAAAAAUUCCAAUAUCUUCUAAGUUCCUUAAAAUCUCAAGCUUUGUCAUUGUUGAAAGGUUUUCCAUUAACAGCACAAAAUUACCAUAUUGCAUUCGACACCUUGACUAAACGUUAUCAAAAUAAACGUCUUUUGGCGAAUUCAUAUUGGCAAGAUAUCACGAACAUAUCAAAGUUGACAAAUGAGUCGGUUGAAGGUUUGAGGAACCUACUCGAUACAUUUUCUGAGAAUUUGUCAUCUUUGAAAAACUUAGGUUUGCCAGUUGAUCAAUGGGAUUUUGUACUUUUUCAUAUGAUUAUUCAGAAACUAGAUAACGCUACAAUUAAACGUUUUGAAUUACAAGAAUGCUCGUCAGAUAUUCCAUCGUUCCGAAAUUUACACAUUAUCCUUCUGAAUCAGUGCACCUCUUUGGAAUCUGCAGCUCUCUCUACCUCCAUUAAACCCAAAUACAGUCCACUUGCUCAAACUCAAACCAAACAGCAAAAACCUUCCUCGACGCAUGACAUUUCGAAAUGUGCUUCUAAAUCAAGUUGUCGCACUUGUUCUAGGAAACACCAUUCUCUGCUCCAUAUCGAUUCCGAUGAAAAUGAAAAACAAACCUCUCCCUCUUCUUCUGAUAUCAAUUCAUGUAACUCAGCUCAGAGUUCCACUACCACUGCGUCUUCCAACGUUCUUCUCGCUACAGCUCAGGUAGAAAUUCUCGAUGCCUGGGGGAAUUAUAAAACUGUCAGAGUUCUUUUAGAUAGUGGUUCCCAAACUAAUAUAAUUACUAAAAAGUGUGUUGCUUCACUAGGAUUAACAUUAUCUGAAUCAUUUCUAUGCAUAAAAGGCAUAGGAGAAAGAACAUCACCAUCAACUUCCACUGCCACUUGCACAAUCCGCCCCCGAGAAGGGAUUCACCCAAUCUUUACCUUCGAUGCUGUUGUCAUCCCAAAAAUAUGUUCAGACUUGCCAAACUUCACAACAAAAUUUUCAUUCCACGAUUCACUGAAUUUGGCGGAUCCAAAUUUCAAUAAACCUGGUAGUGUCGACAUGCUUCUGGGAGCUGAAAUAUUUCCCUCUUUACUUCUUGAUGGUCGUCAAGAAGGUGGAGUAGGAGAACCUUCAGCACUCGAAACUGUUUUCGGUUGGGUCUUGAUGGGUAGAACUCAUUCUUCUUUUAAGGUAGUAAAUUCAUUGCAUGUGACUCUAGAUUCAUCUCUGAACGCAACUUUGAAGGCAUUCUGGGAACUCGAAGAACUUCCAAUUUUGGCAUCAGAAUCACAUUCUACCGAUGAAAUUCUCUGUGAAGAGAUUUUCAAGAAAGAUAUCUCUCGAGAUUGUAAAACAGGUCGUUUUAGUGUAUCAUUACCCUUCAAACAAUCAAUUCCCGUUUCAUUCGGUGACACCUAUUCAUUGGCAUUGCGUCGUUUCUUGUUGCUGGAGAAACGACUCAAUAAAGAUUCCUCUCUGCGGAAACAAUAUAAUGAUUUCAUGAAAGAUUAUUUGGAAUCUGACCAUAUGACAUUAGUAGAUUCAAUGCCUUCUGAUGAAUUCUCCUAUUUUAUCCCACAUCAUUGCGUUCUCAAACCCGAUAGCACUUCCACCAAACUAAGGGUUGUUUUUGAUGCCUCAGCAAAGGUGGCUGGUCAUUCAUCUUUGAACGAUUGCCUUCUUACAGGCCAAAAGUUGCAAAAGGAUAUUGCCACCAUCCUUCUCCGAUUUCGUACACAUAAGUUUGUCUUCACGGCCGAUAUACGACAAAUGUAUCGGCAAAUUCUGAUUCAUACGAAUCAUCGUAAAUAUCAGCGCAUUCUCUGGAGAUUUUCACCCUCAGAAUCCAUAAAGUGUUAUGAGUUAAACACUGUCACGCAUGGGCUGUCUUCGGCUCCUUUUCUAGCGCUUCGAACCUUGCGUCAGUUGGCUAUAGAUGAAAAAGAUAGUUGUCCUUUAGCUUCUAGGAUCCUUGAUGAGGAUAUAUACAUUGAUGAUGUCGUGUCAGGUUCCGAUAAUGUUCAGAAUGCCAUUGAUCUCAGAAAUGAGCUCAUUUCUCUUUUGAACAAGGGGGGCUUCGAAUUGCGAAAAUGGGCCAGUAAUGAGCCAGAAAUCCUCGAAGGAAUUCCAAUAGAACAUCAGCUGAUGCAGUCAUUUUCAUUCACUGAUGAGGAAUUCAUGAAGAUUCUUGGACUUUGCUGGAAUCCGAAUAUCGAUACUUUUUCAUUUGUUACAUCUAAAAUAGAUUCCAUUUGCACGAAACGUAGCAUAUUAUCACAACUUGCUCGAAUUUACGACCCCUUGGGUUUCUUAACUCCUUUUACUUUUUUCAUGAAGCAUCUCAUACAAGUUCUUUGGACUCAAGGUUUACAGUGGGACCAGACCCCUACUUCUGACGUCGUAAACUGUUGGAAUCAAUGUAAGUUUGAACUUUCUCAUCUACAAAAUCUACGUAUUCCUCGUUGCAUUUUUCCAGAAUCAUAUACCAGAUGUGAAUUACAUGGAUUCGGUGAUAGUAGUGAAAAAGGUUAUGCAGCAGUCGUCUACUUUCGUUUCUUUUAUUCAUCAGGACAAAUUGAAACUUUUCUUAUUUGUGCAAAAUCCAAAGUUGCUCCCAUUAAGCGCAUAUCUCUUCCUCGUCUGGAGUUAUGUGCUGCUCUAUUAUUAGCGAAACUUAUUUCUUUCGUAGUCUCAACCUAUCCAUCAGGUAUAUUUUCUGACCUAUUCGCCUGGUCAGAUUCAACCGUUGCUCUAUCUUGGAUAAAAUCGUCCCCUCAUAAGUGGAAAUCUUUUGUGAGCAAUCGAACCACAAAAAUUCAAAAUCUUGUUCCCCCUGAAAACUGGUUUCAUGUUAAAUCAGAGGAUAACCCUGCUGACUUUGGCUCUCGCGGUUUAACUCCGCUAAAAUUGAUAAAUUGCAGUAAGUGGUGGUCGGGACCAGCUUGGUUGAGAUCGAACCAAAUUCUGAGCACUUCAUUUGUUGAUUCGGAAGAUUCUCCUCUCUGUUCGGAAGAAGAACGGAAAAUUGUCCUGAUAACAUUAGUUCAGGCAUCCUUGACUGAUGACCUAAUAACAAAAUUCUCAUCUCUCCCGAAAAUUCAACGGAUUUUAGCAUAUGUCUUAAGGUUCUGCUUCAAUACUCGAAAUUCUUCAUCGCCUUGCCAAGGCAAGUUGACUUUUCCGGAGCUAACACAGGCCUUACUUUUUCUGGUGAAACAAGUUCAAGCAGAUAUAUUUGCCGUGGAAAUCGAUCAGCUUCGAAAAGGUAAACUUUUAUCUAAGCCCCUCAGAAAACUGAAUCCUUUUCUGGACUCAGAUGAUGUUCUCAGGUUGGGCGGUAGAAUUUCUCUUUCAGGGCUCUCUUUUGAGAGCAAACACCCUGCCUUACUUCCUUGCCAACAUCCUCUGACGGACCUCAUAAUUCGUCAUUUCCACCUUAAACACCUACAUCCAGGUCACCAAGCAUUGCAAUAUCUUAUUUGUCAGCAAUUUUGGAUACUUUCAUCUAGGCGAGCUAUACAUCGCGUGCUCUCCAAAUGUAACACUUGUUUCCGUUCGAAUCCUAAGCCAGUUCAGCCGUUUAUGGGAAACUUGCCUUCUAGCCGUUUACACCAGGUAAAGCCAUUUCAAUGUGUUGGUGUUGAUUUCGGUGGUCCUUUCCUCAUCACUAUGACAAGGUCAAGAGGUACUAAAUACACAAAAGCAUACGUUUGCCUUUUCAUUUGUUUCGCGGUUAAGGCAAUACACUUAGAGUUGGUUUCUGACCUUUCUUUAGAAGCGUUCUUAGCAGCAUUACGACGCUUUAUAGCACGUAGAGGUCGGUGUAAUCGAAUAUUUAGUGACGGUGGUACCAAUUUCCGUGGUGCCUACACUCUUUUACGUACUUUGUUCCGCAAUGCUACCGAGGCUGAAAAUAUUGAUUGCAGUUUCAAUCCUCCAUCUGCACCUCACUUCGGCGGUCUCUGGGAAGCUGGUAUAAAAUCAGUGAAAACACAUUUAAUGAGAGUGAUAGGUGAGCAGAAAUUGACUUAUGAAGAACUGUAUACGGUUCUGACACAAAUUGAAGCGGUUCUAAAUUCACGACCCCUCUGCCCAUUGAGCAGUGAUCCAAAUGACCUAUCCGCCUUGACACCGGGUCAUUUUUUGACUUUUGCACCCUUGACUGCGCUACCAGAUGAUGAUUUGUCCCAUUUACAAAUCAAUAGGUUGUCUCGAUGGCAAUUGCUCUCGCGGCUUCAUGCUGAUUUUUGGAAACGUUGGCACACCGAAUAUCUACAUACGUUACAACAACGUCAAAAGUGGGAUAAACAUUCAGAUUCCACCCUAAAACCAGGAAUGCUUGUCCUCAUCAAUGAUGGACCUAUUUCUCCUUUGCGCUGGCGAUUGGCAAGAAUCGAGAAAUUACAUCUGGGUUCAGAUGGAAUAGCUCGUGUAGCUACCAUUCGCACAAGCCAAAGUGUGAUGCAACGACCUAUUGUAAAGUUGUGUCCAUUGCCACAGCAAUAG